GUAAACAUCUACUAAACGGACAAAGUCGCAAUUUGAAGCUAGUUUUCAGUAGACUUCUUUCCUUUAUCUCUUUUUUUAAACAUCUUUUAUUAUUUAGUAAAUAAUUAGUUACCAUAGAUUUAGUACCUUUAUUUAGCUGGUAAUAAGUUAACUUUUACCAUCAAAUCUGUCUCUUAUUAUGUUAAAAAGAUUAUUUUCAUCUGUUAAUAUUGUUCAGAGGAAUAUAAUUAUACCAGUUCCGUGCGCAGGCGCAAAGUUCAAAAACUUAAUUGCUCUACGUCACAGAGGCCAGUGCGCGCCGGUCGAUAUUGAUAUCUAAAGCGAUAGCGAUAAGGGUUAGAGGAAUGCCUACCUAACGCGAACUUGUAAAGCCAUUCGUUUGACGGAUGCAGUCGGUGCUUGUACGUGGCGCGAGCUGCACGUCCGUCGCGUCAGCGCCUCAGUUUGUGUGACGUUGUGUUAUGGUAGUCUAGAGUUUUUCGAACCAAUUGUGAGACCAAGAUGAAUGAGUUGAGCAUCGCGGGCCCAGUGGACACUAAGCCCAUUCUGUCCGACAGGAAGGGCAGCCUGAAGGUGACCAUCACACCAGCGCAGCACAAAACCCUCACACACCUUCCGAAGAGGCCACCAGUGGAUUUGGCCUUCACUGACCUGACUUACAGGGUGCAGGAGGGAAGGAAGAGCAAUGUGAAGACCAUUCUCAAAUCGGUGUCCGGGCGGCUCCGGUCCGGCGAGCUGACGGCCAUUAUGGGCCCGUCCGGCGCCGGCAAGUCCACCCUGCUCAACAUCUUGACGGGAUACAAGACGUCAGGCAUGGAAGGCAGCAUCACAGUCAACGGUAUGGAGCGCAACCUGUCCAGCUUCCGGAAGCUGUCGUGCUACAUCAUGCAAGACAACCAACUCCACGGCAACCUGACUGUGGAGGAGGCGAUGUCGGUAGCCACAGCACUCAAACUGCCCACGGCUACCACUUGGGCAGACAAGCAGGAAGUGAUCCAAGAGAUCCUCGAAACUCUAGGCCUGUCGGAGCACCACAAGACCAUGACUUCCAACCUUUCCGGAGGGCAGAAGAAGCGUCUUUCCAUAGCCUUAGAGUUGGUGAACAAUCCUCCAAUCAUGUUCUUCGACGAACCUACUUCAGGCCUGGACAGUUCUUCCUGCUUCCAAUGUAUCUCCCUGCUGAAGACCCUGGCUAGAGGGGGACGGACUAUCAUCUGCACUAUUCAUCAGCCGUCGGCUCGUCUAUUUGAAAUGUUCGACCAUCUGUACACUUUGGCUGAUGGCCAGUGCGUUUACCAGGGCAGCACUGGAAGUCUGGUGGACUGGCUAGGCAGCCUAAGUCUCCAAUGUCCCGCGUACCACAACCCAGCAUCCUUCAUCAUCGAGGUAUCUUGCGGCGAAUACGGCGACAACACUGGCAAACUGGUGCGCGCUAUUGACAACGGGAAGAAUGACAUCAGGACCGGCCGCCCAUUCCCCGAGAGCAAAGUUCCCAACUACAACAACAAGCGCGAUAUGGAGAUGUCCCUAGCGGCCGAACGGAACAAGAAUGAUCUCUCGCAACUGCAGGACAAGUUCGCGGACGGCAACAAAGAUGCCAACGGAAACGGAAACCUGCACAACGGGAUAUUGCAGUUCGCCGCCAACGAAAUCGGCAAAGGGAAAGGGGAACCGCUAGUGGUUCAAAUGGAAGAGAAGCAGGACAACGUGGAAGUAGCUCUGCUGGGAGAGGAAGCCUCUCCUAGAAGAUACGCUACCUCUGAGUUCAAGCAGUUCUGGGUGGUGCUCAAGAGGACCCUACUGUUCAGUAGGAGAGAUUGGACCCUGAUGUACCUACGUCUGUUCGCCCACAUCCUGGUUGGGUUCCUGAUUGGUGCACUUUACUAUGAUAUUGGCGAUGACGGUUCCAAGGUGCUUUCUAACCUUGGCUUCCUGUUCUUCAACAUGCUGUUCCUUAUGUACACCUCUAUGACAAUCACUAUACUUAGCUUCCCGCUAGAGAUGCCGGUGUUGGUGAAGGAACACUUCAACCGCUGGUAUUCGUUACGUUCCUACUAUCUGGCCAUCACUGUCUCCGAUAUACCGUUCCAGGCGAUAUUCUGCGUGAUCUACGUAGUGAUCGUAUACCUGCUGACGUCACAACCUCCGGUUUGGUUCCGGUUCGCGAUGUUCCUGUCCUCGUGUCUGCUGAUAUCGUUCGUCGCUCAGAGUGUUGGUUUGGUCGUCGGCGCCGCUAUGAAUGUUCAGAACGGCGUGUUCCUCGCUCCCGUGAUGUCGGUGCCAUUCCUUCUAUUCAGCGGUUUCUUCGUGUCAUUCAACGCUAUACCAAAAUAUCUACGCUGGAUCACGUAUCUCUCGUAUAUUAGAUACGGGUUCGAAGGCACCGCACUCGCCACGUAUUCCUUCGACAGGCCCAAACUGCAGUGCCAUCAGACAUACUGCCACUUCAAGAAUCCGGAGACGACUCUGGAAGAAUUGGACAUGAUCGACGCAGACAUCGGGCUGGAUAUUGCGGCACUCUGUCUCAUAUUCGUGGUGCUUCGGGUCUCCGCCUUCCUGUUCCUGCGCUGGAAACUCAAAUCCACAAGAUAAGCCUUAAAUCUAUGAACAAUAAAGACUAAAUUCCCAAUACAGGUUAAGAAGCCGCUUGGAAUUUUCAGAAUGGAAGCUCGGUUUAAAUAUUUGUGAAGUUAUAGACUCAGAUAUUUGGUCUGGAACUCAGAUAUUGGAAGGAAAUGCGAUUUGAAAUGUCACAAAUAAAUUAUGAAUUUGUAACGCAACGCUUUAUUAUGAACAAUAUUAUAUUUUAUUUGUUUUUAAAAGUGACAUUCUGAAAGCUUCCAAGCGGCAUUUAGUUAGUUACCUAUAAAUUAAUUGUGAUAGUUGGUGUUAAAUGUUCGAAUAAAUAUACCUAUUUGCUAAGUUUUAUAUCCAAGUAGAUAAAUAAUUAUAUACAUUUUAAAUUAUGUAACUUAUAAGAAACAUUAAUAUUUAUUACGAAAACAAACACUACUAGAAUGGCACCUAAAAGUUGGUAGUCCUCAAUCUUAGCAUUAUUUUCAUAAAAAUAAGCAGUGUCUUUGUAAUGUCAAUGUUAUUUCAAUUAAUAAUCGAAGUAUUUUAUUUUAUCUUUCUUUACGAGUGGCAUUAGAUUUAUUUAUAUUGGAAAACUAUUUUAUCCCACAUUAAACAAAUGUUUAGGCACAUAAAGUCAAUAUCAUUGUUUAUAUUGAAGUAUAUGACUAUUUAUUUACUAAUGAUAAUUAUGAAUGUUUAUUAGUCACAAUGGGAUACAAAAAAAAUCAUUGCCUACUCCUCCUUUUUAAAUUAGUUACAAUAACUGAUACAAAAGAACGUGUUUGUAAAAUAACUGGUGCUCAUAUGCCUUACAAUCUAUUUAUCGAUUAUAUUAAUAACAUCUUUUAUAUUGAUGGUAAAUAAUACAAUUUAUUAUUGGUGUACAUUAUUCCUCCUACUGAUUAAUAUUCAAAAUGUAUUUUUUUCCUUUUAACAUCAAUUGAACAAAUUAUGUAGUGCUAAUAUUUGGUCUAAUUUUAUGACACAUGUAAGUCGCAAAUUCGUUAAAAACUAAAUAAGAAUUUAAUCCCAUUUAUAAUGUCAAUGGAAAAACAGUGGCCGGACUACGAUAUCGUGACGCGAUCUAAUUUACAAUUGUUAAAAUCUGACAACGCAAUAAGCAAACCUCCAAAAAAAUCAUACUCCUAUCAGUAGCAUUUGGAUCGCGACAAAUUUUCUAAUGAUAGAAGUCUCUUUGUACCGUGCCUCUAGAUCUGAUGAUUUUAAUAAAUACUGUCCCCGGUUAAGAGAAUUGAAUUUAUAGUAUAAAUAUAAAUAAGUAAAAAUUUGCUCAUUUUAACCACCAUCUUGCCUAUUGGCUUGCCUUUCAAAGAUGUCCAUUAUUUUUAAGUAUAUAAAAACCGUGCACGUCGUUACAGUCUAGUUAGACAGUAAUAUUUUUUUAAUUAAUCAAUUAAAAAGACUCACUAAUUCCCUAUGUUUUGAUUAGAAUAAAAAUGAACAGGGAUAAUGUUAAUUUUAUCUACUGUACUUAUGAAUUAUGUGGUCCAUUUAUACG